AUAUAAAAACAAAAACAAAAACAAAAUAAAACCUUUGUACAGUUUGGUUCAUCUAUCUCCCCGAGUGACCGGACCAAGCAUUGGGGGGAACAAGACCCAAAAACGACAUCAGUAGUAGUAGAAGAAGAAGCAACAGUAGCAUCCAACCGUUCUCGUCAGUUUCGGACAAGGGGUGUUAUCUGGUACAGAGUUGAAGUUAAAACUAUACCUUUUCAAACCUCUGUUACCCAGUGUUCAUCAUUAGGAGAGUACUUUGAAUAAUGUGACAGAGUACUGCUUGCUACUCGUUCUUGGGAAACAUGGCUGAUCAUUCUUUAGUUCCCAAUAAUCAUUCUUUAGUUCCCAAUGAUCAUUCUUUAGUUCCCAACGAUCAUUCUUUGGUUCAAGAAGCUUCUCUUCUUAUGGUAGAUCAUUCAUUAGCCAUAGGGCAAGAGUUUCCUGAUGUUGAAACUUGUCGAAGAGCAUUGAAGGAUAUUGCUAUAGCAAUGCAUUUUGAUCUUCGAAUAGUGAAAUCUGAUCGUAGCCGAUUUAUAGCAAAGUGCUCCAAAGAAGGUUGUCCAUGGCGUGUGCAUGUAGCAAAAUGUUCUGGAGUUUCAACAUUCACUGUUAGAACCCUGCAUGGAGAACAUACUUGUGAAGGAGUUCGGAACCUUCAUCAUCAGCAAGCAUCAGUUGGUUGGGUUGCUAGAUCUGUUGAGGCACGUAUUCGAGAUAAUCCACAAUACAAACCAAAGGAAAUCCUACAAGAUAUCCGUGAUCAACAUGGAGUCGCUGUAUCUUACAUGCAAGCCUGGCGUGGAAAGGAGCGUAGUAUGGCUGCCCUUCAUGGAACUUUUGAAGAGGGAUAUCGUCUUCUUCCAGCAUACUGUGAGCAAAUAAGGAAGACCAAUCCUGGAAGCAUUGCUUCAGUUUUCGCAACCGGUCAAGAAAAUUGCUUCCAACGCCUCUUUGUAUCUUAUCGUGCAUCUAUUUAUGGGUUUAUAAAUGCUUGCAGACCACUUCUAGAGCUGGAUAAAGCAAACCUUAAGGGGAAAUAUUUGGGUACAAUACUUUGUGCUUCAGCUGUUGAUGCUGAUGAUGCUCUGUUUCCCUUGGCUAUAGCUAUUGUAGAUGGAGAAAGUGAUGAAAAUUGGAUGUGGUUCAUGUCAGAAUUGCGGAAGCUUCUUGGAGUGAACACCGAAAACAUGCCUAGACUAACGAUACUAUCUGAAAGACAAAGGGGAAUUGUAGAGGCAGUAGAAACACAUUUUCCAAGCGCUUUCCAUGGCUUCUGUCUGCGAUAUGUGAGUGAAAAUUUCCGGGACACAUUCAAGAACACCAAGUUGGUGAAUAUCUUUUGGAAUGCUGUUGAAGCCCUCACAACAGUUGAGUUUGAAAGCAAGAUAAGUGAGAUGGUAGAGAUCUCACAAGAUGUGAUACCUUGGUUUGAUCACUUCCCUCCCCAACUUUGGGCUGUAGCAUAUUUUGAGGGGGUACGGUAUCGUCAUUGCAAUCUGAAAGUCACAGAGUUGUUGUAUAAUUGGGCCCUUGAGUGUCAUGAGCUCCCAAUUGUGCAAAUGAUGGAGCAUGUUCGCCAACAAUUGACAUCUUGGUUUGACGAGCGUCGAGAUAUGGGCUUGCGGAUGACCUCUAUUCUUGUUCCAUCAGCUGAGAAGCGGAUUGCAGAGGCAAUUGCAGAUGCCCGGUGCUAUCAAGUACUUCGCGCAAACGAAGUUGAGUUUGAGAUUGUGUCAACCGAAAGGACAAAUAUUGUGGACAUAAGAACCCGAAUAUGUUCUUGUCGCCGUUGGCAGAUAUAUGGUUUACCUUGUGCACAUGCUGCUGCUGCGCUUAUUUCUUGCAGGCACAAUGUACAUCAAUUUGCAGAGCCGUGUUUCACGGUAGGGAGUUAUCGAGAGACCUACUCGCAGGUAAUAAAUCCUAUUCCAGAUAAGAGCAUGUGGCAUGAACAAGGCGAGGGAGCAGAGGGUGGAAACGCGAAGGCUGAGAUCACGAUACGCCCACCCAAAACCCGCCGGCCUCCAGGUAGACCCAAGAAGAAGGUCCCACGAGUAGAAAACUUCAAGCGUCCAAAGAGAGUUGUUCAAUGUGGCCGGUGCCAUAUGUUAGGACAUUCUCAAAAGAAAUGCACAAUGCCAGGUUAACCUGAGUUAGCAUGUUAAAUUAUCUCUUUCUUUUUUGUUUCAUUUUUCUAAUACUAUAGAAUCAUCUUUAUGUUAUGUAAUCUUGAUGCAUUCUAACUUAAAAAGUGGCAAAUAAGGAUUUAGCUCCUUUUUGGCAUA